CGAGUCCACUUUUGAGUAGAGACUUUCCCUAAGCGGUUGGAUCGCUCACUUGCGGCAAGUUUGUAUUGUAGGUUGGAAGUGUGACGUGUUCGUCUGUCUAAAGUUCCCUUAAAUACUAACCAUGUGUGACGAGGAAGUUGCUGCCCUUGUAGUAGAUAAUGGGUCUGGAAUGUGCAAGGCCGGAUUUGCAGGCGAUGAUGCACCCCGAGCCGUAUUUCCAUCAAUUGUUGGCCGACCUAGGCAUCAGGGAGUGAUGGUAGGCAUGGGGCAGAAAGACAGCUAUGUUGGUGAUGAGGCACAGUCCAAGAGGGGUAUCCUUACCCUGAAAUACCCCAUUGAGCAUGGUAUUGUGACCAACUGGGAUGAUAUGGAAAAGAUCUGGCACCAUACCUUCUACAAUGAACUUCGAGUAGCACCAGAAGAGCAUCCAGUCCUGUUGACAGAAGCUCCUCUGAACCCAAAGGCAAAUAGAGAAAAGAUGACCCAGAUCAUGUUUGAAACCUUCAACACCCCAGCAAUGUACGUAGCUAUCCAGGCUGUACUUUCUCUGUAUGCAUCUGGUAGGACCACUGGUAUUGUGCUGGAUUCUGGUGAUGGUGUUUCCCAUACUGUGCCCAUUUAUGAAGGUUAUGCUCUGCCCCAUGCCAUUCUGCGUCUGGAUCUGGCUGGCCGUGACCUGACAGAUUACCUCAUGAAAAUUUUGACUGAGCGUGGGUACAGCUUCACAACUACUGCCGAACGAGAAAUCGUACGUGAUAUCAAGGAGAAACUGUGUUAUGUUGCUCUUGACUUCGAGCAGGAGAUGGCUACUGCAGCCUCCUCAAGUUCACUGGAGAAGUCUUACGAACUUCCUGAUGGGCAGGUGAUAACCAUCGGUAAUGAGAGGUUCCGCUGCCCAGAGGCCCUCUUCCAGCCUUCCUUCUUGGGAAUGGAGGCAUGUGGAAUUCACGAAACCACGUACAAUUCCAUUAUGAAGUGUGAUGUCGAUAUUCGUAAGGAUUUGUAUGCCAACACUGUUCUUUCUGGUGGUACUACCAUGUACCCUGGCAUUGCUGAUAGAAUGCAAAAGGAAAUCACUGCCCUUGCACCUUCCACAAUGAAGAUCAAAAUUAUUGCUCCCCCAGAGAGGAAAUACUCAGUCUGGAUUGGAGGUUCUAUUCUGGCUUCACUCUCAACCUUCCAGCAGAUGUGGAUCUCCAAGCAGGAAUAUGAUGAAUCUGGACCUUCCAUUGUCCACAGGAAAUGCUUCUAGAUAUUUUUCGUACAUUAACACUGCUGUUCUUUCAAUAACGAAGUUGUGCUUCUAUGAGAGUACUCCUGUGACCAUCUGGAGGAACAUUACAGACUUCGUUCUUUUAUCCUGUCAUGAACGAUUUUGAAGUCACCGAAUUGUAUUAUAAGAAUGUGUGAUUCCAUUUUUUGUGUUGCAUAAAAAAUUAAAGAAGUUAGGCUGCCUUUUCUGUAUUUAUGAUCACCUUCAGUGUCCCAGGGUUUCUAAGAACUCUGCGGAAUCCGUGCUCAAGCAUUCCGUGUAAAAGGCUUGUAAUUUGACAAUUGUAAGAUAUUUGAUAAUUUCUUAACUGAAAAGUGUAAUAAGUUUUUGUAAUAAUUCUUCAGGGAAUUUUCACACAUGUAAAAGUUGUGGCUGUUUCUUUCAGAAAAUGAAUGGUUCAGUUUAGAACCAAAGUGUUUUGUAAAUGCACUAGGCCAAAGUAUUAAUUUAUUCCCAUUUGUGGAUCUAAGAAAUUAGAAUUAUGGGAAAGUAAAUAAAAAUCAGUAAAAUAGUU